GGUGCUAUACGACGGAACACGACAGCCUACGGGUUCCCCAGUAUUUGUACAGAGUAUUAUUUCCCCUCCAUUUCGAAUAACCAAUACAUGGUGUCAGAAGUGGGAUCCCGCGUGUGUAAGACAGAUAAAGUCUUAUACGUACUCGCGUACGAGAGUUAAAUGUGCAAUACAGCAGAAAACGUACGUUAACCUCAAAUGGCGUCGAACGCGCACGUUAUCCAAGCGCCAGGAGAAUUUGAUUUUAGUCGGCCAGAGACGUGGCCAAAAUGGAUCAAAUAUUUCGAAAGGUAUAUUUCGGUAACCGGAUUGUCGGACAAAUCAGAACAGGACAAAAUCAAUCUGUUAUGUUAUACGAUGGGGAGAAGUCCGAGGAGGUUAUGAUCCAAGUUAUGCCAAGUAUCACGGCGUCGACCAGAUUUGUAGAAGUCAAGGCGAAGUUCGACGCGUAUUUUUCGCCGAAGAGGAAUGUUAUUUUUGAGCGCUACAAAUUUAAUUCGCGCGUACAAGAGACAGGAGAAACGGUCGACUCCUUUGUUACAGCUCUACAUUCAUUGGCUGAGACAUGCGAGUACGGAGUCUUGAGGAACGACCUCAUCCGUGACCGUAUUGUGAUAGGAAUCCGUGACACACGCGCCUCCAAGAGAUUACAGUUAAUAAACGAUUUAACAUUGGAGAAGGCCCUCGAGAUCGCUCGCCAAGCGGAAAUACAAGCCAAGGAGGGAAAGACACUCCGGCACGCAACGGACGAGGAAACGGAGGUUAAUCGAGUGUUUCAAAAACGCCGCAAUUUCCGGAAGCAGAAAAGCAGUGAGGACACCCUUCGCCGAGAGGAGCAAACGUACGGCAGAUGCGGCUAUCCGAAUCACACACCAGAUAGGAAAUGCCCUGCCUUGAGAUCUACAUGUCGGAGAUGUAAAAAAGAAGGCCAUUGGGAUCGGAUGUGCAGGUCCAAAGAAGUACGACACGUGGAACAAUACGAUACAGCAGACGGCGACGAGGAAGCACACAUUGCGCCCGUGUUCAUCGGCGUUGCGAAUAGUUUGUUGGGGGAAACGGAUUUUCAAUUCCAAGCGUACAUUCCCGAAAUUUUUAAGCCAUUAUGUUUUAUUGUUGAUACAGGCGCGGAUAUUACAUGUGUUUCUGAUGAAUGCAUUCCACAAGUAUGUAAGAAGAGCAUCCGUAAGUCAGGGAAAAUUAUUUUGGGACCUGACGGGAAAAAGUUACCGUUGAUGGGAUGUUUAUUUAUAACAUUGGUUCAGGGAGCACGAAAGAUACAGGCGACGGUUUAUGUCAUUCGGGGAUUGAAGCGAAAUUUAUUAAGGAAACCAGAGAUAAAAAAGUUUAAUUUAAUCAGUACAAUUAAUAAUAUUCGAGAGAAUAGUUGGGAUAGUUUUAUUCAGGAGUUUCCUCAGGUAUUUAAGGGAAUAGGCCAGUUUCAAAAGGAAUUGCAUAUUCAGUUUAAAGAACAUGUGAAGCCUUUUUUCCAAACAGUUCCUCGGACAGUACCUAUUCCUUUACUUCCAAAAUUAAAAGCAGAAUUGGAUAAAUUGUUAAGAUUGGGAAUAAUUAAAGUUGUUGAUUUUCCAACAGAAUGGUGUAGUCCAAUAGUGGUUGUUUCCAAGAAAGGCUCUGACGACGUUUGUUUAUGUUGCGAUUAUAUACAGUUAAAUAAUAGCGUUAAGCGACCUAAUUUUUCAAUUUCUAAGGUCGAGGUAACCUUAGCAGGGUUGAAGGGUUCGACCAUAUUUACAAAAUUAGAUGCGCAGUCAGGAUUUUAUCAAAUACGGUUGCAUGAAAGUUGUCAACCAUUAACAACCUUUAUAACCCCGUUUGGUAGAUUCAUGUUUACGAGGUUACCAUUCGGUAUUAAUUGCGCUUCUGAUUAUUUUUCACAAAUGUUUUAUGAUUUGUUUCAUGAUUUAUCUAACGUAGCCGUUCGUGUUAACGAUAUUUUAAUCCAUACGAAUAGUAUGGAGGAACAUUAUAGUAUUUUGAGAACAGUUUUAGAUAGAUUACGAAGCGCUAGGAUAACAUUGAAUAAGAGUAAGUGUAUUUUUGGAGUUAAGCAGGUAGAAUUUUUAGGGCAUUUAAUAUCGGGAAAAGGAAUUGAUAUUUUACCGUCUCGUAUUUCAGCUAUUACGAAGUUUCCAAUUUCUAAAGAUAAAGAAUCUUUAAUGCAAUUGUUGGGCUCAGUAAAUUAUGUUAGUCGGUAUUUACCUAAUAAGUAGCAUAUUUUUGAGCCUUUACAUGCUUUGUUGAAGGAUGAUGUUCUAUUUGAGUGGAAUGAUCCGCAACAGAAAGCGUUUGAUCAGAUACGAGAGUUAUUAACAAAAGCUCCAACUUUGGCGCAUUACGAUUAUUCCAAAAGCAUCAUAAUCCAAGCAGACGCUUCGAGUUAUGGGUUAGGGGGUGUUUUAUUACAAGAAGAUGCAAAGAAGAAUCGGGAGGUAGUGGCUUAUGCAUCCCGAACGUUAAGUUGUUCUGAGAAGAAAUAUAGUCAAAUAGAAAAAGAGGCAUUAGCUUUAGCUUAUGCUGCGGAACAUUUUAAAGACUUUAUCAUAGGAAUUGAGAUCGUGUUGGAAACGGAUCAUAAACCCCUUGUUCAGAUUUUGCAGACUAAAGCGUUAGAUGAUUUGACCCCUAGAUUACAGCGAAUCCGGAUGCGUUUGAUGUGGUAUGAUUAUAAAGUGAUUUAUGUACCGGGUAAACAAUUAGUGUUGGCGGAUUGUUUAUCGAGGAACCCUAUAGAGGAGGACCAUAGUUUGAAAGAUGAGUUUGAAGAAGAAAUUAGUCAUUAUGUGCGUUUUGUUAUUAGCCAUUGGCCAGUGUCAAAUAGUUUUUUGCAACGGAUAAAGGAGGAGCAAGGAAAAGAUAUUGUUUGCAGGAAGUUGAAAGAUUUUUGUUUAGGUACAUGGCCGAACAAAGAUAGGCUACCAAGUGGAUUGUCGGUUUAUUUUCCAUUGAAAGACAGUAUUUCAUUUUCUGAUGGAUUUCUUAUGUAUGGUACCCGGUUGCUUAUUCCUCUUUCAUUAUAACGAGAUUUAUUGAUUAAGGUACACGAGGGGCAUUUGGGCAUAAACAAAUGCAGGGACCGAGCCAGACAGUCCAUUUGGUGGCUUGGAUUGAAUACGCAGUUGAAGCAUUUAAUCGAAAGUUGCCCACAAUGUAUUGAGCAUAGAAUAAAUAACAAAGAUUUUUUCGU